GAGGAACAGCAUGGCGGCGGAGCACGAGCCACCCAACGCUCAGCUGCCCCGUCGUCGCCGCCACCGGAGUCGCCGGGAAUUAGUGGCCUUCGUGUGUCAGUAGCCAGCCUGCAUCCCUCCUAUCCCCGGCCCCCUUGUCUGCUACAGCUGCCGCUUGCAGUCCCACAACUUGCCUGAGGGCUACGGGCCGGACCUCCAGCUGGCCCUCUAGACUACACCAACCAGCUAGCUGGGGCAAUGGAGGACGUAAAGUUGGAGUUUCCCACCCUACCACAGUCCAAAGAAGAUGCCGAGGAUUGGACCUAUCCCAUGAGGCGAGAGAUGCAGGAAAUCUUACCUGGAUUGUUUUUGGGCCCAUAUUCUUCAGCUAUGAAAAGCAAGCUGCCUAUACUACAGAAACAUGGAAUAACCCAUGUAAUAUGCAUAAGACAAAACAUUGAAGCAAACUUUAUUAAACCAAACUUUCAACAAUUAUUUAGGUAUUUAGUACUGGAUAUUGCAGAUAAUCCAGUUGAAAAUAUAAUACGUUUUUUCCCCAUGACUAAAGAAUUUAUUGAUGGAAGUUUACAAACAGGAGGAAAAGUUCUUGUCCAUGGAAAUGCAGGAAUUUCCAGAAGUGCUGCCUUAGUUAUUGCAUACAUUAUGGAAACAUUUGGAGUGAAAUACAGGGAGGCAUUUACAUAUGUUCAAGAAAGAAGGUUCUGCAUUAAUCCUAAUGCUGGAUUUGUCCAUCAGCUUCAGGAAUAUGAAGCCAUUUAUCUAGCAAAAUUAACAAUACAGAUGAUGUCACCACUGCAACUGGAAAGAUCGUUAUCUGUUCAGUCUGGUACUACAGGCAGCUUAAAACGUACACAUGAAGAAGAGGAGGAAUUUGGAAAUAUGCAAGUUGCAGCCGCACAGAAUGGAUGAUGGUACCUCACACCAAUAUUUAUAAUGUUUAAAUUCUUGUAUGUGAAGGGGGAAAUACAUCAAUAAUGUAAAAUGGCAAAACACAAGUAGCUUCUUUUCAAUUACAUGUUGCUUCCAAAUGUCUUUCUCUGCAACUUGCUGAGCAACAUUUUAAGAAGAUGAUGGACUUCUUGAAUAGAUGGCACUGAUUGUUUUAUUCUUUUUUUUUUUUUACACUUUACAGUUUUAUUAUAAAACAAGAUUUUUGAACUUGCAAAGAAGUAUUAUUGCAAUAAUGCACUUUUCAUACUUGAAAAUUUCUUUAUUUGUAUGAUAUAAAGUUAUUACUUUAAAACAAUGCAAGUUGGGGAGGCUCGUUUAUAAAAAUUAUUUGUAAUUUAUAACAAUUUACUAAAAAGUUUGUUAAAAUUCAUUUUGUGUUCUGUUUAUAUGUUUUUUAUAAUUUUACAAUUAUGGUGGAGCAUCUUCGAGAAAUACUAAUUCAAGAAUCUGCCAUAUUUUAAGUAAACGGUUAUGUACUUUGAUCACCCUUUCAUCUUUGGAAGCUGUCCUGGACUACUUCUGAUACACUUAAAAAUCAUGGCAUUGGCCCAGCUUCUUGGAAAAACUUUUAAUGAAAAGGAAAAUACCUACUUUUGCCAAUUAUUUCUGGAAAAAAGUUGAGACUUUCAGGUGAAUUUUCCUUUUUGGAUUUUCUUUUGGUGAAAGUCAGUUGUAUCUGUGUUCUUUGGAAAAUGUUUAGCCUUUUUUCUUUGUCCAGAACUAUUCCAAAUUCAGGUUACAACAUGUACAAUGUCAUAUUAUUUGCUAUUUAGUUUUCAAAAAUUCUAAGUAGAAAAGUGCCUUCUAUUAUUUCUAAAAUUAGCUUUAUUGAGGCCUACAAAUUGGACAGCACUUCAUAGUGAAAAUGUUUACAAAAACAUUUUGGAUUGUUUUUAGUGACUUUGAGUUUAAACUAAGUAUAAAGCAUAUUGUAAAAAUUUGAGCAAAUUGUUAAAAAUAGACCACAUUCUUCCCAACUCA